AUGGAUGAAUGUUUCUCUGUUAUCCUGCUGUUUGUUUCACCUUUGUUGAAUGACUCUGCCUCCCAGAAUGCACCUGUUAAACCGCCAGACAGGAACGUCUUCAGCGACGGCUCGACACGAGUUGAUUUUGUGUUGGUGUGGGAGGAGCCUAUAAACUUGCAGAAGGAGGAGAGCACAGUUGUUAACCCCGCCCAUAGGAAGAAGCGGGAGGCGUUUCUGAAUAAACUGCGACUCUCCAGACUGCUGCUGGAGCAGAAAGACGUCCUGCAGACAAAGACAAAGGUCACUUUCGUGCUGCUCAGCGCUCCGUGGAGCGUCCUGUGUUUCUACGCCGAGGAGAUCAGUCUCAGAGUCCCUCUGCAGGUGGUCAAUUCUCCGAUCAUUAACUGGUCCGAGCACUUCCUGUCCCGGCUGUCCCUCCACAACCCUUUUUCUCAGGACGUCCCAAACCCCCCGCCGCAGUGCUUCACCUGCCAGUUCAGGACCAACAAGCUGCAGAGGUUUAAGGGAAGCGAGAACAGAGAGACGUUCUUCAAGACGACUCAGAGACACAAAGUGCUGUACGAGAUCCUGGCCCGGACUCCCUAUGGUUCGGUGAAGAAGGGCGAGGUAGGAAUCGACCGGCUGCUGAGUGAGAAGGUCUUCUCUGCUGCCUACCCGCUGCAUGAGGGCGGUUUCCAGCCGCCAACCCCCCCGGUGUUCCCCCAGUCCUUCGGUCUGAGACAGAUCCUGUACUCGUACUGGGCCACGUGGUCGUCAUGGAGACGCUACCAGCCUCUGGAUCACAUCCGGGAAUACUUCGGGGAGAAAAUAGCGCUGUACUUUGCCUGGCUCGGUUUCUACACCGGCUGGCUGCUACCGGCGUCUCUGGUAGGUCUGGUGGUCUUCCUGUUUGGAUUCUGGCUCAUGGCCACCGAUGUUCCCGCGAAGGAGUUAUGUGACAGCGGGGACAGCUUCAUCAUGUGUCCUCUCUGUAAAGUCUGCACUCAGUGGAACUACUCCAGCAUCUGCCUGACCUUCAAGGCUGGUAUCCUGUUUGAUAACGGAGGAACAGUGUUUCUCAGUGUCUUCAUGUCUCUGUGGGCCGUCACCUUUCUGGAGUACUGGAAGAGAACUUGUACGGCUCUAUCUCACCGCUGGGACUGCUCCGAGUUCGAGGACAUCGAGGAGCGACCGCGUCCAGAGUUCACCGCUAUGGCGCCGAUGAACAUGAGGAACCCUGUUACCGGAGCAGAGGAACCCUACUUUCCUGAAAACAAACGGCUCAAAAGAACUCUGACCGGCUACAUGGUCAUCAUUGUUUUGAUUGCUGUGGUGCUGAUGUUCCUCAUCGCCAUCAUUUUGUAUCGCACGAUCCUGAGAAUUGUCAUCUCCAAGUCUAACGGCUUUUUAUCGUUCUCUGCCGCGAGGAUAGCGAGUCUUUCAGGAUCUGUUUUGAACCUCUUCAUCAUCCUCAUGUUGUCCAAAGUUUACACGUCUCUGGCCAACGUCCUCACGCACUGGGAGAUGCAUCGGACUCAGACUAAAUAUGAAGACAUGUUCAUCCUCAAAGUUUUCAUCUUAAAGUUCGUCAACUUAUUCUCAGCUCCAGUUUACAUCGCCUUCUUCAAAGGCAGUUUCGUUGGUUACCCUGGAAAAUACAACACUCUGUUUGGACUCCGUAACGAAGACUGUGGAGCCGGUGGUUGUCUGAUUGAACUGGCUCAGGAGCUGCUGGUCAUCAUGGUCGGAAAACAGCUGAUCAACAACAUCUAUGAGUUCAUUUGGCCGAAGCUGAAGUCGUGGAAGAAGAGGAAGAUGCGUCUGAAGGAGGAGGAAGAGAGGGAGGAAGAGGAGAAAGAGAGGGAGGAAGAGGAGAAAGUUUCUCCCUGGGAGGAAGACUACCAGCUGCUGCUCUGCGAGGGACUCUUCAGUGAAUACAUGGAGAUGGUGAUGCAGUUUGGUUUCAUCACUAUCUUCGUGGCGGCGUGUCCUCUCGCUCCGCUCUUCGCUCUGAUUAAUAACUUGGUGGAGAUCCGUCUGGACGCUCAGAAGUUUGUGACGGAGUAUCGCCGCCCGGUGGCUGAGCGAGCGCAGGAUAUCGGCAUCUGGUUUCCCAUCAUGCAGCUGAUCACGCACCUGGCCGUGCUCGCCAAUGCAUUCCUCAUAGCGUUCACGUCGUCCUUCCUGCCUCGCCUGUACUACGGCUACACAAGAGACAGCACGCUCAGCGGCUUCAUCAACUUCACCCUGGCAACAUCACCGCGCAACUACAGCGGGCAAAACCCACCCUGCAGGUAUCGGGGGUUCAUGGAUCAGGAUGGAAAAUACCUUCCCGAUUUCUUUUACCUUCUCGCCCUACGACUCGCUUUUGUCAUCGUGUUCGAGCAUGUGGUCUUCUCUGUUGGUCGUCUGAUUGACCUGAUGGUCCCUGACGUCCCCGAGGACGUUGAGUUGAAGAUAAAGAGGGAACACUACAUGGCCAGAGCUCUAAAAAACUUCAGUUGGAGCUCUACAAGACUUCAGUUAUAGCUCUAAAAGAUUUCAGAUCUACCACUAUGGCCACACCAAGUCCCAUUGGCGUGGCCAUAGUGGGAUUCGUAAUUUUGCUUCCUGUGUGCAGUACCGUGAAGAAUUCGUUACAUCGCAAGACCUGAUGUUACGCAAUACUUUCUGACGCUGAUGCCCAAAGUUGCAAGGGUGGUUUUUCCACUCACAGGCGAUAGGAGGAAGCGAGACAACCACCAUUCAACCUGAAAAAAGUCAUAUAACCAUUCCAAUGACUCUGAAGCUGUUCAGUUCAGGUCAA